GUUGUUCGAUGGCUUCUCGAACCCAACCAAAACAAGGGAAAAUCUUCAGUCCACCUUCAUCUCUCUUCUUUCUCUCUCUUUAGAUCAUCAACAGUCUCGUCUUCUCACUAAGAAUUUCACAUCGAUCUUCCAACUUUUCUCAUAAACUCGAUCCCAAACGUGAAAACAAGUGAGAUCUAGUGAAGGUAAACACCAGGCAGUCCUGUCCACAGCAGCGGCAUCCUCUCGGUUGGAUCUGAGAGGCGAUGGCGUUGUCAGGUAUGAGAGGUUUAUCUGUUUUCAUCAGCGAUAUUCGGAAUUGUCAAAACAAAGAGCAAGAACGUUUGCGCGUUGAUAAAGAGCUUGGUAAAGUUCGCACUCGUUUCAAAAAUGAGAAGGGUUUGGCGCCAUAUGAGAAGAAGAAAUAUGUUUGGAAAAUGCUUUACAUCUAUAUGCUUGGUUAUGAUGUUGAUUUUGGUCAUAUGGAAGCUGUUUCUUUAAUAUCUGCCCCAAAGUAUCCAGAAAAACAGGUUGGUUACAUUGUAACAUCAUGUUUACUCAAUGAGAAUCAUGAUUUUUUGAGAUUGGCCAUUAAUACAGUCCGCAAUGACAUUAUUGGCCGCAACGAAACUUUUCAGUGCCUCGCACUCACACUGGUUGGUAAUAUUGGUGGUAGAGAGUUUGCUGAAUCCCUAGCUCCAGAUGUUCAGAAAAUUCUUAUAUCAAGUAGUUGCAGACCACUUGUGAGAAAAAAGGCAGCACUAUGUCUUCUUCGCCUGUUUAGAAAAAAUCCUGAUGUUGUCAAUGUAGAUGGCUGGUCAGACCGGAUGGCACAGUUAUUAGAUGAACGUGAUUUGGGUGUUUUGACAUCUUCAAUGAGUCUUUUUGUUUCUUUAGUGUCAAAUAAUUAUGAUGCCUAUUGGAGCUGCUUACCUAAGUGUGUGAAGACAUUGGAAAGACUGGCUAGGAACCAGGAUAUUCCUCAAGAAUACACUUACUAUGGGAUACCAUCACCUUGGCUUCAGGUUAAGACAAUGAGGGCACUUCAGUAUUUCCCAGUCAUUGAAGAUCCCAGCAGCAGAAGAUCAUUGUUUGAGGUUCUGCAAAGGAUUCUCAUGGGAACUGAUGUUGUGAAAAAUGUCAACAAAAACAAUGCAUCCCAUGCAGUUCUCUUUGAAGCCCUUUCUCUUGUCAUGCAUCUGGAUGCGGAAAAGGAAAUGAUGUCUCAAUGUGUUGCAUUGCUUGGGAAAUUUAUAGCUGUUCGUGAGCCUAAUAUUAGAUACCUUGGUCUUGAGAAUAUGUCCAGGAUGUUGAUGGUUACAGAUGUGCAAGACAUUAUCAAAAGACAUCAAGCACAGAUCAUCACCUCAUUAAAGGAUCCAGACAUCAGCAUAAGAAGACGUGCCCUAGAUCUUCUAUAUGGCAUGUGUGAUGUUUCUAAUGCGAAGGACAUAGUUGAAGAAUUAUUGCAGUACCUCAGUACUGCAGAAUUUGUGAUUCGUGAAGAGUUGUCACUAAAAGCUGCCAUUCUUGCGGAGAAAUUUGCCCCCGAUUUAUCAUGGUAUGUGGAUGUGAUCCUUCAGUUGAUUGAUAAAGCAGGUGAUUUUGUUAGUGAUGAUAUAUGGUUUCGUGUUGUGCAAUUCGUUACAAAUAACGAGGACCUGCAGCCUUACGCGGCAGUAAAAGUUAAAGAGUAUCUUGACAAGCCUGCUAUACAUGAGACAAUGGUCAAGGUUGGUGCUUAUAUCCUUGGAGAAUAUAGUCACCUUCUGGCUAGUCGUCCUGGGUUCAGUCCAAGGGAGAUUUUUAAUCUUAUUCAUGAAAAGCUUCCCACUGUUUCGAUUUCAACCAUUCCCAUCCUGCUUUCAUCAUAUGCCAAAAUUUUGAUGCACACUCAACCUCCAGAUCCGGAAUUACAGAAUCAAAUUUGGAUGAUCUUCCGCAAAUAUGAAAGUUGUAUUGAUGUUGAGAUUCAACAAAGAGCUGUUGAAUAUUUUGAGUUGAGUAAGAAGGGUGCAGCUUUAAUGGAUAUAUUGGCUGAAAUGCCAAAAUUUACAGAGCGUCAGUCUGCUCUAAUAAAAAAGGCUGAAGACACCGAGUCUGAUACAGCAGAGCAAAGUGCUAUUAAGAUGCGAACACAACAGCAAGCUUCCAAUGCUUUGGUAGUAACUGAUCAACCCCCUGUUGCGGGAACAGUACCUGUCAGCCAGCUUGGCCUUGUAAAGAUUCCUAGCACAAGCAACACGGAUCAUCGACCAGGAGAUCAGGAACUGACUCAUACCAAUGGGGUGUUAACCAUAGUGGAUCCCCAACCUCUUGAUUCUUCUGCUGAUCUCCUUGGUGAUCUCUUAGGUCCAUUAGCGAUUGAAGGUCCUCCAGAUAACGGUUCCACUUCAGAGCAUAAGAUGAUGUCUCCACAUGAAGGUAUUCCAAGUGAAGAUGCUUUAGCAAUUGCAACUGUUGGUGAGCAGCCAAAUUCUGUCCAGCCAAUUGGAAAUAUUGCUGAAAGAUUUAGUAUUUUGUGCCUCAAGGAUAGUGGUGUGUUAUAUGAGGAUCCUUAUAUUCAGAUUGGUAUCAAGGCAGAAUGGAGGGCACAUCAAGGACGCCUACUGCUUUACAUGGGAAACAAGAAUACUGCACCACUUGUUUCAGUUCAAGCUUUAACGCUCUCCCCCUCUCAUUUGAAGAUAGAGCGCUCGUUAGUGCCUGAUACUAUUCCCCCACGGGCACAGGUGCAAUGCCCGCUUGAGAUUAUCAACCUUCGCCCGAGUAGAGAUGUGGCAGUUCUUGACUUCUCGUACAAGUUUUCUUCGCAUGUUGUUAAUGUCAGACUUCGCCUUCCUGCUGUCCUAAAUAAAUUUCUUCAACCUAUAUCAUUGAAUGGUGAAGAGUUUUUCCUUCAGUGGAGAUCGCUUUCUGGGCCUCCUCUAAAACUUCAAGAAGUGGUUAGAGGUGUAAAACCAAUGCAACUUAAUGAUAUGGCCAACAUAUUCAACAGUUUCAAUGUGAUGGUUCUUCCAGGACUUGAUCCAAAUCCUAAUAAUUUGGUCGCAAGCACAACUUUCUAUUCAGAGACUACACGAGCAAUGCUAGCCUUGGUAAGAAUCGAAACAGACCCAGCUGAUAGAACACAGCUGCGUAUGACCGUUGCUUCAGGAGAUCCCGCCCUUACAUUUGAAUUGAAGGAGUUUAUUAAGGAACAACUGAUUAGCAUUCCUUCGAUUCCACGAGCACCUGAACCAACACCAACACAGCCUCCGCAAGUGGAUUUAUCAGAUCCUGGGGCUUUGCUUGCCGGUUUGAUGUGAUAAUAAUAUAUUUUGGAUCUUCGGAAUUAGUAAAAAAAACAGUCAUUUUAUACAGAGCAUGAGUUGGCCGGCUAAGUAUUAUAGUUUGAUAUUAUUUCUACUUUGAGCCAAUUCAUUUCACUUCAUUCAUCAGGCAUUCAAUAUUCUUGCCCUCUUCUUCUUCGGUUGGUUUGUUUGCGUGUUUGCCAUUGUUUUAUACAUAUAUAGGGUUUUAUGUUAUUAUAUUGUGUUCGGGUUCUGUAUAAUAGGAUUAGGGUGUGGAGAACUUUUUUGUUUGAGAAAAUCUAUUUCUGUAAGUUCAAAUAAGAACAAUUCACACUAUUGCAGGCAUGAAUAGGCUGGGUAUAAUUUGAGUCCAUUGUGUUGUAAUUGUUAAUUAUUUCUUUUAGAAUCUUUAAAAUUAUUAUUC